AUGACAGCUCCUGUGCGUGGCAGUAGAGCGUGUACGUUUACGGUUAAAGAAGGUGAAGGACGAAAGGGAUCGGGUCACCAGCGGCCGCCCGGAGACGCCGUGGCGGUGUCCGGCCUCACCGGCUCUUUCGGUGUGUCUCCCUCUCCAGGUGUCCCCUCGGGUCCCCGAAACGUCAUCUCUAUCGUCAACGAGACGUCGAUCAUUUUGGAGUGGCACCCUCCGAGGGAGACGGGCGGGCGGGACGACGUGACCUACAACAUCAUUUGCAAGAAGUGCCGGGCGGACCGCCGCAGCUGCUCCCGCUGCGAUGACAACGUGGAGUUCGUGCCCCGGCAGCUGGGCCUGACUGAGUGUCGCGUCUCCAUCAGCAGCCUCUGGGCCCACACCCCCUACACCUUCGACAUCCAAGCCGUCAACGGCGUCUCCAGCAAGAGCCCCUUCCCCCCCCAGCACGUCUCGGUCAACAUCACCACCAACCAGGCCGCCCCGUCCACCGUUCCCAUCAUGCACCAGGUCAGCGCCACCAUGAGGAGCAUCACACUGUCAUGGCCGCAGCCCGAGCAGCCCAAUGGUAUCAUCCUGGACUACGAGAUCCGGUACUACGAGAAGGAGCACAACGAGUUCAACUCCUCCAUGGCCAGGAGCCAGACCAACACGGCCCGCAUCGACGGGCUGCGGCCGGGCAUGGUGUACGUGGUCCAGGUGCGCGCCCGGAACGUGGCCGGCUACGGGAAGUUCAGCGGCAAGAUGUGCUUCCAGACACUGACCGACGACGAUUACAAGUCGGAGCUGAGGGAGCAGCUGCCCCUGAUCGCGGGCUCGGCGGCGGCUGGGGUGGUGUUCAUUGUCUCGCUGGUGGCCAUCGCCAUCGUCUGCAGCAGGAAACGGGCUUACAGCAAAGAGGCCGUGUACAGCGAUAAACUCCAGCAUUACAGCACGGGCCGAGGCUCCCCAGGGAUGAAGAUCUACAUUGACCCCUUCACUUACGAGGACCCCAACGAAGCUGUCCGGGAAUUUGCCAAGGAGAUUGACGUGUCUUUUGUGAAAAUCGAAGAGGUCAUCGGAGCAGGAGAGUUUGGAGAGGUGUACAAGGGUCGCCUGAAGCUGCCCGGCAAGAGGGAGAUCUACGUUGCCAUCAAGACGCUGAAGGCCGGCUACUCGGAGAAACAGCGCCGGGACUUCCUGAGCGAGGCCAGCAUCAUGGGUCAGUUCGAUCACCCCAACAUCAUCCGUUUAGAAGGUGUGGUCACCAAGAGCCGGCCGGUCAUGAUCAUCACGGAGUUCAUGGAGAACGGCGCCCUGGAUUCCUUCCUCAGGCAAAACGACGGGCAGUUCACAGUAAUCCAGCUGGUGGGCAUGCUGAGGGGCAUCGCCGCGGGCAUGAAGUACCUGUCCGAAAUGAACUACGUGCACCGAGACCUGGCCGCCAGGAACAUUCUAGUCAACAGCAACCUGGUGUGCAAGGUGUCCGACUUCGGCCUCUCCCGCUACCUCCAGGAUGACACCUCGGAUCCCACCUACACCAGCUCCCUGGGAGGGAAGAUCCCGGUGAGGUGGACAGCCCCCGAGGCGAUUGCCUACCGCAAGUUCACCUCAGCCAGCGACGUCUGGAGCUACGGGAUCGUCAUGUGGGAAGUCAUGUCAUUUGGAGAGAGACCCUACUGGGAUAUGUCCAACCAAGACGUCAUCAACGCCAUCGAGCAGGACUACCGGCUGCCCCCGCCCAUGGACUGCCCGGCUGCCCUGCACCAGCUCAUGCUGGACUGUUGGCAGAAGGAUCGCAACAGCCGACCCCGCUUCGCGGAGAUCGUCAACACCCUGGACAAGAUGAUCCGGAACCCAGCAAGUCUCAAGACCGUGGCAACCAUCACCGCUGUGCCUUCCCAGCCUCUGCUCGACCGCUCCAUCCCAGACUUCACGGCCUUUACCACCGUGGAUGACUGGCUCAGCGCCAUCAAAAUGGUCCAGUACAGGGACAGCUUCCUCACUGCCGGCUUCACCUCCCUACAGCUGGUCGCCCAGAUGACGUCAGAAGAUCUCCUGAGAAUAGGAGUCACCCUGGCAGGCCAUCAGAAGAAGAUCUUGAACAGCAUCCACUCCAUGAGAGUCCAGAUGAGUCAAUCACCCACAGCCAUGGCGUGAGAACUCCUGACGUGCUCGGUGGGGGAGGGCAGGAAGGAAGAG